AUGGUACGCUGCUAUUUUUGUUCCGGUGAGGCUGCAACAAAACGGUGUAAAGAUGGAUCUCUUGUAUGCAAAGACUGCUUUUUAAGUAGUUUUGAAGCGGAAGUACACGAAACUAUUGUCUCCGACAAGCUUCUAGAAAAAGGAGAUACAAUAGCUAUUGGAGUCUCAGGUGGGAAAGACUCCACUGUCCUUGCCUACAUCCUUAAAGAACUGAAUGAGAAAUACGAUUACGGGGUUAAGCUGGUACUUGUAGCCAUCGAUGAGGGGAUAAAGGGAUAUCGUGACGACUCGUUGAAAGCGGUGGAAAGUAAUAGAAAAGAUUACGAGCUACUUUUGAAAAUUUUGAGCUAUAAAGAUCUCUUUGGGUGGACUAUGGAUGAAAUAGUGGCCAAAGUUGGGUCAAAAAACAACUGUACUUUCUGCGGUGUCUUUAGGAGACAAGCUCUAGAAAGAGGUGCUACUAUCGUUGGUGCUAAUAAACUUGCAACAGGUCACAAUGCAGACGACGUGGCAGAAACUGUUCUACUGAACAUGUUACGAGGAGAUAUCGCUAGACUGCAGAGAUCAUCAGUUUCCUUUUCGAUUCCUCUGCCGCGCAUAAAGCCAUUAAAGAGGUCGUUCGAAAAAGAAAUCGUAAUGUAUGCUCGCUACAAGAAACUAACUUAUUUUUCUACGGAAUGCGUGUACGCCCCAAAUUCCUACCGAGCAUAUGUCAGGGACUACGUUAAAGAGUUAGGGAGGAUAAGGCCACAAGCUAUUCUAGAUAUAAUUUACUCAGGAGAUAAUAUUGCUCUUCGAAAGGAGGUUAUUCUGCCAGCCAUGAAUUCUUGCGAGAAGUGUGGGUCUCCAUCAUCUUUAAAGCUAUGCAAAGCUUGCUUGCUAAUCCUUGGCCUAAACAGUAAUGACAACACUCUAGGGAUCAGGAAAAAGAAAAAAGAGUGGAAAGACAAGGUUUCGGAUGCAACCAAUUCUGCAUGUUCGACGUUAAGGUGUAGUUGCGCAGGAGAUGAAAAAAUUUCUGAGCAAUUUUGA